AUGGCCUCGUUAGACCCCCCCGGGCAGCAGGGCCUUCGUGCCGCGCGAAGCGGACUGCGACAGGCGUUGGCAGCCCUGACUGGUCUCAAGACGGAAGAAAAUGCGUACAUCGAGUCGGCCCUCUCUCAACGAAGAAAAGCCCUAUUGUAUCUACACAAGUUGGACAAGCGCAGGGUCAGCAUCUCUGCCGAGUUGCAUAGCUUGGCUGAUGACGAUGAGGAGCCUCUCGCAAAAGAGCUGCGAAGCCUGGGAGAGCAGCAUGAUACAUUGGGCCAGGAGAUCCGCGAGCUCGAGGAGAAGCUCGUUGGUAUGAGGAAUCGCCACCGAUGGCUCGAGCGAAAGAUGGAAGACGUUCACAACCGCCGAGAGGCUGGCUUGAGUGGCUACAGGGGUGCAUUGAGGGAGGUCGAAGGCGAGGUCACAGCCCUGCUACGCCGGCCUCCAAUUGAACCUCUGGAUCUCGACGUUGUCGAAGCUGUAUCACGGAACGACUCUGGAGCCGGAACCGACAUCCAAGAGCUGCCUGGCGGUGCUGAGUUCUUCCGCAUGAUACCUGCGCGACGGACACUGAGCAUGGCCAAGGACUGGUGGGAAAGUGAAAUGGACUUUCUACAGAAACGAAAGGCGCAGGUCGAUAAGGACCGCGAUGCGCUAGAUCAAGGCACGGAGUUGUGGCAGGAAACAGUCAAACUUGUUACGACAUUCGAGGCGGACCUGCGCCAGUCUCUAAGCGGCGGUCCUUCCCCAGCCAAGGGCAAACAGACUCCACGUGCACAACAAGAAGGCGUCGAGGCUCUGUUGCCACACAUGGCCAAGGUCAUCUUGGAGCUUGAAGCAAAUAUGAGGACGGCCCAACAGAACACUUGGAAUCUUCUCAUCUGCGCCGUUGGCGCUGAACUCGAAGCGUUCAGAGAUGCCGAGGCUCUCCUUCGCAGAAGUCUACCAAAGCUUCAAGCAGCGGCGGCGAAAGUUGACGACAUUGAAGAACCUUGGCACAACGGCGAUGACCAAGAGGAGCAAACCCCGCAAACGGAUUCGGCUACAGCUACGACAGAAGCCCAUCACGGAGAGAGUGACAAUGAGGUCCCGCCCGACCUGCUAGUGUCACAUCUGGAAGAGCAUGACGAUGACCGUUCCCAUGUCGGAUCCAUAAGAACUUCGUCUUCGAGGCGCGACAGCGACAAUGAGGUUCCUCCAGAGUUCCUUGCCGAACACAGUAACGAUGAGGGCAUAGACUGA